CUUGGGCCUCCUCUCUCUCCGGCUCCAUUUUCUCCGCCGCCGGGGGCCGGGGUCUCCUGUGGGGGGCCCAGCCGGUACCCCAGGUCUCCCUUCAGUGCCGGGGCGGACCCCGGGGGGGCCGCGAGGGGGGCAGACGGGCGGGGCUGGGGCGGAGGGAGCAGCGGCCCGGCGAGUUUGGGGGGAGUAACCCGGCGGGGGAGGGGCGGAGCAGGGAGGGGGCCUCAGGGCCCCCCCCCAGCCAUGGACGAGCGGCUUCUGGGGCCGCCCCCUCCCGGCGGGGGCCGCGGGGGCCUGGGCUUGGUGGGUGGGGAGCCUGGGGGCCCUGGCGAGCCUCCCGGCGGCGGAGACCCCGGUGGGGGCAGCGGGGGGGUCCCGGGAGGCCGAGGGAAGCAGGACAUCGGGGACAUUCUGCAGCAGAUAAUGACCAUCACCGACCAGAGCCUGGACGAGGCCCAGGCCAAGAAACAUGCCCUAAACUGCCACCGAAUGAAGCCUGCUCUGUUUAGCGUCCUGUGUGAAAUCAAGGAGAAAACUGGCCUCAGCAUUCGAAGCUCCCAAGAGGAGGAGCCAGUGGACCCCCAGCUGAUGCGCCUGGACAACAUGCUUCUGGCGGAGGGUGUGGCUGGGCCUGAGAAGGGGGGCGGCUCGGCCGCAGCUGCUGCAGCCGCCGCAGCCUCAGGGGGCGGCGUGUCCCCGGACAACUCCAUCGAACACUCGGACUACCGCAGCAAGCUGGCCCAGAUCCGCCACAUCUACCACUCGGAGCUGGAGAAGUAUGAGCAGGCCUGCAACGAGUUCACAACCCACGUCAUGAACCUGCUGCGGGAGCAGAGCCGCACGCGGCCCGUGGCGCCCAAGGAGAUGGAGCGCAUGGUGAGCAUCAUCCAUCGGAAGUUCAGCGCCAUCCAGAUGCAGCUCAAGCAGAGCACCUGCGAGGCUGUCAUGAUCCUGCGAUCCCGCUUCCUGGAUGCCAGACGAAAACGCCGCAACUUCAGCAAACAGGCCACCGAGGUCCUGAACGAGUACUUCUACUCCCAUCUGAGUAACCCGUAUCCCAGUGAGGAGGCCAAGGAGGAGCUUGCCAAGAAGUGCGGCAUAACUGUAUCCCAGGUCUCCAACUGGUUUGGGAACAAGCGGAUUCGCUAUAAGAAGAACAUUGGAAAGUUCCAAGAGGAGGCGAACAUCUAUGCUGUCAAGACCGCCGUGUCAGUCACCCAGGGGGGCCACAGCCGCACGAGCUCCCCGACACCCCCCUCCUCUGCAGGCUCUGGCGGCUCUUUCAAUCUCUCAGGAUCCGGAGACAUGUUUCUGGGGAUGCCUGGGCUCAAUGGAGAUUCCUAUUCUGCUUCCCAGAAUCACUCCGACACUCCAUGGGGCCAGGCGGCUACGGGGAUAACCUCGGCGGAGGCCAGAUGUACAGCCCUCGGGAAAUGAGGGCAAAUGGCGGCUGGCAGGAGGCUGUGACCCCGUCCUCAGUGACAUCCCCGACAGAGGGACCAGGAAGUGUUCACUCCGACACCUCCAACUGAUCUCUCCCCUCAGGGUCACAGGGGUGGGGGCUGUCACAGGCAACUCAUGACGAGGACGCAGGCAUCCAGAGGACAAGCCCCACACAGGAGAAGCACAAGACAGAAGGGCGGAUGGGGCGGCCUGGUCCCCUCCCCAGCUGGACCGUCACUGCUGGGCACUGGCGACGUCAGGGAGGACGGGCCUCAGAGGGGCGUGGGCUCUGUCUCCCCCUCCCCCCACCCUUCUCUCCCCUUCCUCUCACACCUACACGCAGCUCUGCUGUUCUCUCCCCGCCCACCCCACUCACACUGCUCUGGAAUCUGGAGACGUCAGCCCUGCCCGACCCAGAGAUGCCAAACAUGGGGACUUGACUUCUGGACGGAGGACACAGCCGCCCCUGUGCACCCACCCUGCCCCUCCAGACGGCUUUAUUACCUCAUACGCAGCUCAUUUUAAACCAAUAGAAUCGCUCGGUGGACGAGAGUGUCUGACUCAGAUAACUACCUCGGAGGGAGUGUCUGCUACUUUAGGGAACUGUUGACUGGACUUUGAGGUUGAACUUUUUUUUCUUUUUUUAAAGAAAAAAGAAACCCUGGGAUCCAUCUGUAUUUUUUGCUUUUUUUUUUUGGUUCUUAAUUUUUAAUUUAGUUUGGGGAAGUAGGUUUUUUAAAAUAAAUAUGCUGAUUUUUUUUUCUUGCUUUCCCAUAUUAGAGGUGAUAGCCAAAGGGGUUCUGGGAAGAGAAAGGGAAACCAACAGAACUGGUAAAGAAGCUCAGGCCUGACCCCCGGGAGGUGACUUUAUAGGACAACAAGCCCUUCCCUCUGAUCACUUCCGAGUCACUUGCUUGUGCCAGCAAGUUUCUGCGGCACUCAGCACACAGGUGGCGAGGGGCUCACCCUGCUGGCCGCCUAGCCCCUCUUCCCACAACCUUUGGGCAGGGCUGGACUCAGUAACUGAGGAAAUUGAAGAUACCACCUUCCCGGUGUGACAUGUCUUUCUUUUCUUUUUAACUAGUAUUUGCAGAUUGGAGAAUAGGGAGGGGAUUCUUGCCAAAUAUGUUAAAUAUGGGUUGGGUGCCUAUUAUAUAUGUAUCUCCUUCAGUUUCCCCAGAAAUGAGGCAUUUUUAAGUUUUUUCUCCAAAAUCGAGGUGGGUAGAGGAGGGAGGUUGGAAAAAGCCAGAUGCAGGGGAAAGGUAAAAACACUGUCCCAUCCUCGGCCCUGACCCAUCUGACCCCUCAGACACCCUCAGGAUUUUUCGAGACUGUCAGAGUGGGGAUUCUCUCCUCUCAAAGACCGGGCAGGAGUGGGGGACAGUUGGGAAUGUGGUGGGUGGGGUUGGGAGGCAGGGCCAGGGGCAGUUCUCUCCUCACUUGCAAACUUGUAGUUUCACAAAAAAAGAAACAAUGCAGUUUUAAAUAAAGAAAUUUCUUUUUUCCCUGGG